AGGACGCCUCUCACCUGGGGUCAAAGUCAGGGAAAAAACAUUCUCAGAUAGAGCGGGGAAGAAAAGAGGCCACAGAAGAUCUUUCAGUUCGAUGGGUGCUGACGGAAUGUAUGACAAGCUGGGAAUGAUCAACAUUCAGACUGGAUCAAACUGGGGCAGCCGGCAGAGCUGGUACCAGGAUACUGCUGUACAGGGACAACACAGCAAUGACAGCUGUCAGCAGCUGGACAGUGAAGGCCUUGGGGUGGGGCCAGGAAAUGAGGACCCAGAAGAGUCCCAGCUGCGCCUACAGCUGAAACGCAAGCUCCAGAGAAACAGGACCUCCUUCACACAAGAACAGAUUGAGGCUUUGGAGAAAGAGUUUGAGCGGACGCAUUAUCCUGAUGUGUUUGCCCGGGAGAGACUUGCUGCCAAAAUUGACCUGCCUGAGGCUCGCAUUCAAGUUUGGUUCUCAAAUCGCCGUGCUAAAUGGCGCCGUGAGGAGAAAUUAAGAAGCCAACGGCGUGCAGUAGGAGGAGCAUCAUCAGGGCACACUACCAUGAACACAUCCUACAAUUCCAGUGUUUAUCACUCCAUCAGUGCACAAGGUUCCAUUCUCAGUCGUAGUGACUCCUCUCUUUCUAACAGCUAUGGAACAUUAACCACAAUGCCUGUUUUUACCAUGGCCAACAACUUGCCUAUUCAGCCUGUCCCAUCUCAGACAUCAUCAUCAUAUUCUUGUAUGAUUCCUGCCAGCCCUUCUUCCUCAUCACGGAACUAUGAGUCCACAUUUAAUCCAUCGCAUCUGGGAACAGGAGCCUCAAGUGCCUCCACUGGUUUGAUUUCUCCUGGAGUGUCUGUUCCAGUGCAAGUCCCUGGCAGUGAGCACCAGGACCUGAGCCAAUACUGGCCAAGACUGCAAUGAACCUAGCUACUAUACCCUCAGAUCCAAAAGGACUUCUGGAAUCCCUGCCUUCAGCCAUCCAGAUUACAACCAAACAGAACCAACCUAAAUGUGAAUGAAAGCCAUUACAACUCUUCCAGUACUGCUCAGCAGGGAAUCUAGUUUUAUAUUAUAUAGCAUGGCAUAUCCACCUAAAAAAUACCUGGCAUAAGGUGUACACAUUGGACAUCAUUCAUCCCUUCUUAAUCUGGAGUAAAGAAAGAACCCUGAAAGAAGUAGUUUUUUAAUCCUGGCAUCUUCCUCCACGAGAUGAACCUUUGCUUCAGGCCUCCUAACAACUCUAGCCUCAAAGAGAUGAUACAAGCAAAUAGACUCUAACCUUGAAGUCAUUGACUAUAUGCUGCCCACUACCAACUGGGCCGGUUAUUCACAAAUGUACCAUUUAGUAGGCAACCUGUCACCAGCUUUCUCAGCUAGGGACCAUGUCACUCAAAAGGUCUUAGAGUCUUUUGACAACUUUACUUGGCUUUACCUUCCAUUUCAGAACUCAGGAGUUAAGAAGUAACUUGACUGUAGCCCAUAAGCUAUAUCUCUUCAAGUAGACAACUACUGUUCACCCAAUGUUAUAUAUAUAUAUAUAUAAAAUAAACAAAAUAUUACAGUUCCUGCUGACUAGUCCUGCUGUCAGAGUAGACAGCUAAUGAAGCUCACACUAUGGUUGCCCUCUCAUUGAGGUAGUUUUUCAAUCUCACGCUGAAAGAAGAGGAUGUUGAUGACACAUGCAAGGCUGUAACUGAAAUAUGGAUCUGAACACACCUUGUUAACCCUGUGUUGACUUCUUGCAACAAACGGCAAGGCAAAACAGUUACUAUGACUGGUCAGGAAUCCAACAAUUACACUUUUUUGCUUUAAUCUUUAUAUUAGGAGGGAUGCAAAUAUUAAUAUUAAUGGGUUUUACCUGACUAAUGAAAACAAAACCACAUACUGUACUUUUAUCUGCAACCUCAUGCUGUACAUUGAAAAUGUGAGCCAUGACAUUGAAGAUGUGGUAAUAGCAAUCCAUUUGUCCUCACAAUGUUUAUAAAUAUUAAUCUAAAUCAAAUAGAGACAACGGCGACCCUUUUUUGACACCUGCCUUGAUGCUGACACUGAAGCAAACAAAGUCUCAGAAUACUGAAUUCCCACCAUACUCUUCAGUCUUCUGAAAAAUAAGCUGUCAUAAUGCUUAUUUCUCAGUUGGAAAUAGAAAUGAAGGAUUAAAUUUGAAGCUUGUCCAUGGUCAUUUCCUUUACAUAAACAACACAGUUAAAUUGCUUGUUUUACAAAGCAUGCUUGGUAACCUCUUUGCCCUAUUGUCCAUCUUGUUAAUAGCUAUGUACGUCACCCUGUAUUUUUGCUGCUGGCUGCAGAUGCUGUUCUUUUAGGAUGCACCAGUCUUUUUUCAAAUUUAGCUGAGUGCUCAUGGAUGUUUUAUUUUGAUAAGCCCAUUUUUUCUUCCUAUCACUGUCCUUUCAGUUGUGUGUAAUGCCUGUUGCAAAAUUAUCAGAGAUCCACUGCGCAAUUUAUUAGAAACCUGAUGUCAUUUUAAUUUGAAAGGGUUCAUUUUGGUGGUCUACCAUUUGAUCAAUAAUGCAUGAUGUUUUAUAGACUAUCACACCGCUCAGAGUGUAUUAUUCAUAUACAGAAGCUGAUCCUUUCAAUUAAUGCCUAAUAUCCUGACACAACUCCAUCACUAUAUUUGGCCAAACAUUUUUUAAUUAACCUUUAACCAAUUACUUUGACAAUCACAGAGCUAUGUGAGUGCAACAGAGGGUGAACGUGAACACUGCUUUGCUACGUAUAUAGACUUCAGAAUGCAGUUGUGAUACCUUGAAUGUGUUUCCCCUCACUCCCUAAACCUCAUGUUCUAUAAACAUCCCCUGAUUAUUGUAUGUAAUUAUUACUGAAUAAAUAAUAAAUAAAUCUG